CCGGCGGCCUGAACACUCUCUGCAGCCCCUCUCCUGGGUCUUCGUGGGCCUCGACUGCCCCAGCGUCCAACUUUUCCGCGCUCUCCCUCCCCUCCCCCGAAACUCCAGCAACAAAGAAAAGUAGUCCGAGAAGGAGCGGCGACGCGGGUCGUCGCCCCUCCUCGCCCAGGAAGGCCGGUCUCGCCGCAGCUCCUGGCCUGCCGGCGGUCCUCCCGCCCCCUGCCUCUGCGGCCUCUCCCUUUCGCCGGAAGGCGCCGUUGAGUGCGGCCGGGAGGGUUGAGUCAGCCUGGGGCUCGGGCGGUUCUGCCAAUGGGGCUGGACAGCGAUUUCUGCGCUCGGGCCGCCCCGCCGCCGGGGCCCUCUGCGCGGGGCCACCUAGCCGCCGCCGUCGGCGGGGCCGGGGCGCGCGUCCCGCGGGGCGCCGUGGGGGAGUGAACCCGCAAACUUCCGGGGCGCGGGGGGCCCCCUCCGGCGCUCGGGGCCCGGCGCCUCGGGAGGGCGCUCGCGGCGGCUCCUCGGCCCCCUGCGGAGGGCGAGCCUGGGGCCGGCGAGCAGCCGGGACGGCGGCGACGCGGUAACUUUCCUCCCUCUUCCCGGACUCGGGCGCGCGGGCCAGGAGGGGGCAACCUGGACUGGGGAAGACUUGGCCUGGCCCAGCGGCACCCCGAGUUUGCCCGUCUUGCAGUCUUUAGUGUUGGGGAGCCCAGGGAAAGGUUCAGGACGAGUGUGGCGGCAACUGGUGUGUCAGUGGUGCAGUGAGCGGGCCGAGCCGAGAGGAAGCGAGAGCUCCCGAGUUUGCAAAGAGCUGCUUUGUGUUUGGAGAACACCUAAUUUGAGAAUUACACCUUUUAGAUUGGAAAGUAAAGUGUGAAGACGGUUUAUAAAAAGACCAACAAGUUUUCAAGAACACCAUUAUGGCCACCCAGGUAAUGGGGCAGUCUUCCGGAGGAGGAGGUCUGUUCACCGGCAGUGGCACCAUGGGCAUGGCCUUGCCUAACGACAUGUAUGACUUGCCUGAUCUGUCCAGAGCUGAACUGGCUGCGCCUCAGCUCAUCAUGUUGGCAAAUGUGGCCUUAACUGGGGAAGUAAACGGCGGCUGCUGUGAUUACCUGGUUGGCGAAGAAAGACAGAUGGCAGAAUUGAUGCCUGUUGGGGAUAACAACUUUUCAGAUAGUGAUGGAGAAGGACUCGAGGAGUCUCCUGAGGUAAAAGGCGAGCCCAGUGGGCUGGAAAACAUGGAACUGGAGAGUUUGGAACUCAGUGUUGUCCAACCACGGCCUGUGUUUGAGGUGUCAGCUGCCUCAGAACCGUACAGCGCAAAUAAAGAUCUUCCUCGGGAAACACCUGUAGCAGAGGACAAAUGCAAGAACUUGAAGACCAAGCCCUUUCGCUGUAAACCAUGCCAGUAUGAAGCAGAAUCUGAAGAACAGUUUGUGCAUCACAUCCGAGUUCAUAGUGCCAAGAAAUUUUUUGUGGAAGAAAGUGCAGAGAAGCAAGCCAAAGCCAGGGAAUGCGGCUCUUCCACGGGGGAAGAGGGAGAUUUCUCCAAGGGCCCCAUUCGCUGUGACCGCUGUGGCUACAAUACCAAUCGCUAUGAUCACUAUACUGCUCACCUGAAACACCACACCCGAGCCGGGGACAAUGAGCGAGUCUACAAGUGCAUCAUUUGCACGUACACCACAGUAAGCGAAUAUCACUGGAGGAAACACUUGAGAAACCAUUUUCCAAGGAAAGUAUACACAUGUGGAAAAUGCAACUAUUUUUCAGACAGAAAAAACAAUUAUGUUCAGCAUGUUCGAACUCAUACAGGAGAACGUCCAUAUAAAUGUGAACUUUGUCCUUACUCAAGUUCUCAGAAGACUCAUUUAACCAGACAUAUGCGUACUCAUUCAGGUGAGAAGCCAUUUAAGUGUGACCAGUGCAGUUAUGUGGCCUCUAAUCAACAUGAAGUAACCCGUCACGCAAGACAGGUUCACAAUGGGCCUAAACCUCUUAACUGCCCACACUGUGACUACAAAACAGCAGAUAGAAGUAACUUCAAAAAACACGUGGAGCUACAUGUUAAUCCACGGCAGUUCAACUGCCCUGUAUGCGACUACGCAGCUUCCAAGAAGUGUAAUCUGCAGUAUCAUUUCAAAUCUAAGCAUCCUACUUGUCCUAAUAAGACCAUGGAUGUCUCAAAAGUGAAACUAAAGAAAACCAAAAAGCGAGAGGCUGACUUGCCUGAUAACAAAAUCACCAAUGAGAAAACAGAAACAGAGCAGACAAAAAUGAAGGGGGAUGUGACUGGGAAGAAAAACGAGAGGUCUGUCAAAGUGGAGAAAAAAGAUAAUGUUUCAAAAGAGAAAAAGCCUUGUAGUAAUGCCUCAAGCCAAGUGACUACCAGAACUCGCAAAUCGGCAAUGGAAGCUAAAGAAAUGGAUGUGCACCCAGGAAAUAAUUCAGAAAAAAGCUGUAAAAGCAAGAAAAGCAAAAGGAAGACAGAAGCUGAAGCCCGUUCCUUACAAGAACCUGUUAAUGAUGAGGAACCUGUGACAAAAAAGAAAAAGAAGGCAGAAAGCAAAUCCAGAAAUAGUCAGGAAGUGCCAAAGGGUGACAGCAAAGUAGAGGAGAAUAAAAAGCAAAGUAUUUGCAUGAAAAACAGUGCAAAGAAGAAAACUCUGAGAAGUAAACCAUGUAAAAAAAGCAGCAAGCCUGCUCAGAGGAGGCCCGCUCAGAUAGAGCCUGCUCCUCCCGUGGAGUCCGCUGAGGUGGGACCUGUUCAGACAGAGCCGCCUCCCGCUGCCCCCCCAUCUCCUCCUCCUCCUCCUCCUCCUCCUCUCCCCGCCGUGGGGCACGCUGAGGUCGAGGUUGCUCAGACGGAGCUGCCGCCCCCUCCUCCUCCUCUCCCCCCGGUGGGGCACGCUGAGGUCGAGGUUGCUCAGACGGAGCUGCCGCCCCCUCCUCCUCCUCCUCCUCCCCCAUCCCCUCCUCCUCCUCCUCCUCUCCCCGCCGUGGGGCACGCUGAGGUCGAGGUUGUUCAGAAGGGGCCUGUUCAUGUGGAGCCUCCUCCCCCCAUGGAGCCGAUGCCCAAAAGGUCUCCUCAGAAAGCUAAUGGGAAGGUAAAGCCCAACAUGCAGAGUGAAAUGGCGCAGAAGGAGCAAGUCCUUAUUGAAGUUGGCUUAGUGCCUGUUAAAGACAGGCAGCUUCUAAAGGAAAGUGCCGGUGCACAGGAUCUCUUACCACCAUCACCACCUCUGCCAAAGGAAAACCUAAAAGAGGAAGAGUCAGAAGACCAAAAAUUAGUCCCUGCAGGCGAAGGACAUAAAGAAGCUCCUCUUCAAAAAGUGGAAGCAGAAGAGGCAGAUCAGAGUCUAGCUGGUCUUGCUGCUGUUAGCAAGGCAUCUGCCAAUAUUUCAUCCUCUGAACAAAACUUGAAUAUGCCAGAGGGUGAAACUUUAGAUGGUAAACAUCAGGCUGACACUAUGCUUUGUGAAAUGAAGAGGGACACUGAUGAGAAGAAAACAGAGAAUCCCCCCGGCAGAGACUCGGCAGUUGAAGAACCAACUUCACCACCACUUCUUCCUCUACCGCUAGAAAAAUGUGAAGCAGUGUCCACAGCUACUGUGGCAUCACCUCCCGUCACCGUGGCAGUAAAUGAGUCUCAGGAAAUGGAUGAAGACGAAGGCAUCCACAGUCAUGAUGGAAGUGACCUAAGUGACAACAUGUCAGAGGAUAGUGAUGAUUCUGGAUUGAAUGGGGCUCGGCCAGUUCCACAAGAGACUAGUAGAAAAAAUGGAAAGGAAGCCUUGGCAGUCAAAGUGGCCGAGGGAGAUUUUGUUUGUAUCUUCUGUGAUCGUUCUUUUAGAAAGGAAAAAGAUUACAGCAAACACCUCAAUCGCCAUUUGGUUAAUGUAUACUUCCUUGAAGAGGCAGCUCAAGGGCAGGAGUAAAUAAACUUUGGGCAAGGCUUCAGUUCUUAGUUUGUAAGGUCUCUGACAUUUUGUAUUCAUUUGUAGUAGUAGACAACCUUUUGUUUUUAAAAAAUUGCUUUAAUUAGUAUCCAGUCUUGAUUUUUAAGUGGCAUUCUUUUCCUUAGGACUCCAUGUACCUAAUGAUGUACAAAUUUUAGCAAAUCCGAGGGAGUUAGUGUAAUAAACCAGCUAAAUCUGUUAGCUUUUGCUUUUAAUUGAGCCAAGAGGGCCAAGGUGGUAUUAGAGCAUUCUAUUGAUUUGUUCAGCUAUAACUUGCAAGUUUUUUCCUCAUGUCUAUCUUCCUGUUUCACUUUAGUUUAUUCUUAGUUCCUUGUUUAGCUCUGUAAAAAUUGGCAUACUUAAAUAGCAAAUUACUUGAAGAAUUUGCCUGCUUUAUAUAAAGUUAGCACUUUAAAAUUGUUUUAGAGAUGAAAAGAGACAUUUAAAUUGAAGAGAAGUUCUGCCAACAAUGGACAGUGUAUCAGCCAAGGUAUUUACUUCCUGAGUUUUGAUCAAUACAUAUUUCUUAUUUGUGUAUAUGUUAAUCGUUAUAAAAACAUUGAUUUUGGUGUGUUUUUUUAUUUUGGUGCUUUAAUAGCUUAAGAUGUUGCACAUUGUUGUUUUUUUUUUAAUCUAUGCAGUUACAUUUUUUUCUAGAACUAGCAUUAUUUUUGUUGAACAGUAACACUUUAUACAUAUAUUUGCAUUUUAUUUUUUCCUCUUUGGAGGGAUGCUUUUAAUCUUGUUUGCAAAAGGGCAGUUUUCUUUUUUCCUUUGCUGCAAUUGUCUUUUUUGCAGAAUAUUAGUGUGUGCAAAUUUCUGAGCAAAUGAAACAUGCAGGUUAAAUUCAUUGAUUUUGAUAUUCAUAUCUAUGCCAGAAUCUGCAUUUCAUAUAACUUAUUUAUUUUAAAUGCGUAUAGUGAAUUCAUAGCUCUCAGUUUGAACUUUACAAUAAAUAAGCCACUAGGUCUAUACUGAAUGGAUUUUUAUCUCAAAUACCAACCAUAAGUAAACUUUUGGCCUAUCUUAGUACAUCUACUUCCUAAAUGUACGGUGUUAAAUCGUAUCUUAGAGGAAAACCUCUUUCAUAGAUGGUUGGUGUUUUUAUGUCUACUCCGCUGAAUAAAGAACUGUAGUUUUUAUUUGGAAACUGCAAAUCUGGAAUUAGGAGGCAUAAUUACUCCUUCAAGUUAUACAGAAUAUCAGUUUGUGAGAUUCCAAAGCCAUAGCGAUUAUACAGAAAACCUAUGAUGAGAAAGGUAGUAUGAGUGCUGGUAGACCAGCUGCUACUUCCUGUGAAUACAGUGAAAAAGGCUGGUGAAAGUUAAAUUCAGUCCAGAUUAAAAAAAUCACACUUUCUCAGGGAUCUCCACCAACUAGUGGGUGUCCUAGCUGUUCCUGUGACUGCCUUUUUCUACAGGCGAGGACUCAGAUGAGCUGCAGCUAUUCUCGUGUUCCUGUGGGGCACUUUGUAUGGAAGAGUAUGUACUUCCAAACUUUGUUGGUAGGUUCUUUGGCCAGUCACCAAAGAAUAUGAAAGAAUCCAGUAAAGGAUUUUUCUUGUUGACAGCAGUUAUUCAUUGUAGUCCCAAUAAAAGUAUGAUCCCCAUAGGGAACCUUGAACAAUUCCAGUUCUCCCAUGUUCUAUUCUGAAAUAACCACUUUAUAUUUCAUUGAUUUUCUUUUGUCUGAUGAUCUCUGAGGCAGGUUUCAGAGUUUGGCAAUGCAACAGGAAAGAUUAGAAAAAGUAUUGAAGUAUGGGUGGAAAACUUGUUAAAAUUCUGAGAGUGAAGUCCAAGUUAAAAGACAUUUGAACUUGGAAUUGACUGGGAGGCCAAAGAUUUAAAGAAGCAGAAGAUUCUCUCAAGACAUGAGGAGUAAGUUGUGUUACUGGUGUGUGUUUUGUGUGCACGUUGGGGAUUUGUAAAUGAUGUUGAAUUCUAAGCUCCGACAAUCAUUGUCAAUGGAAGAUCAAGCUGCAAAUAUUUAUGUUUUAAAACUUAAAUUAUAAGGCUAGUUAAAUCUGUCUAACAAAUAUUUUUUAAUAUUCAUGGGUACAUUUUGUAUAAGUUACCUUUUACAGUAUACAUGAAAAGAUUCAUGUUAAGUACAAAUUACAGAUUGGGAAUCAGUUUUGGGAAGAGGUUUUGUGCAUUCUUUGAUACUUCAAAAGAAAAAAUCUGACUUCUGGGGAAUUGGACUAAUUUUCUAAUCUAGAUUUUAAGACUAGAAUGCCAAAAACAAAAGUAUGAAGGAAAUUAAAACUCCUUAUUAUGAAAGUGAUCUGUGAAAACAUUGUUACUGGAAAUUGAGUGGACUUGAGGCCUUUCUUCCAGAAAACAAGGACUUGAUUGUCAGGCCUAUAUUAGGUUCUGAACCUUAAUGCCAUGUAUUUGUUCUUAUUAAAAAUUGUUUCAAUGAAAAGUGCAUUAGUAAUAAGAACUUCUGGUCUAGUUGGGAGUUCUUCCAUUUGAAAAAUGUGAUAUUUGCAUGGAACUGUUUGAAUCUUUUUGUUUUCUCAGUAUACCCUCCACUGGAUAGGAUUGAAGCUAGAAUUUUCCCUUUUGAUAAAGGAAUGAAAAGUGAACAUGUUAUUUGUAGAUUGAUGUUUAGUACUAGAGCAAAAGUUGAAAUAUUAGAAUAUGUUAUAAGCCUAAUCCUUGGUAGUCUUAUAAAAAUAUAUCUCUUUUAACUAUCUUCUGAACCUAUAUUCACAUUGGUUUUCAAGGUAUUUUAAGUUAUGUUUUCUUCCUCUUUUCAGAGCUGCUUCUAUGGGGCUGCCUUUUUUUCUUUUUUAAAGUUAAAUUGAGGUGUCAUUCACAAAGGGCUGCAUUUUUUGUUAAGGUUCCUUACAACUAUGGCUGGGUGUUUUACUCUGGUCUCCCAAGAAGGGCCAUUUUAUCUUUGUCAUGACUUUAGAGUCCCUCUAGAGUCACCUCUAAAGUCAUGUGGUCUUUAACUUUGGGAACUAUUUCUCAUCUGAGUGCUAAUUCAGAUUUAAGCUUGAGUCAUCGCCUAUCACCCCAUGAAUGUUGACAGUGGAAGGAAUACCUUUCCUGUAGUUUCAGUUCUAGACUGAAAACCUGGGGGAAGAAACUUCAUUUUCUUUUUUGCACAAAUCAAAAAAACAGCUACUGUGCAGUUUCCUUGUUGACCUCAGCAGAUGAACUGGACUGGUAGUGUUAAUUCAGAUUUAAGAAAUUAUCUGAAUCUUGAUUUGAGUAAACUUGUGAUCUACAUGCAAUAUUAACUAGAUUGGAUAGCUUUUAUAUUUUCACACGUACACAUAGGCUCUCCCCACCCUCAUCAACAUCCAUUAGUUAUCGAACUUUGUGAACUGGCAUUGAAGCAUUACAACAAUGUUUUGUUGCACCAAUUUUAUAAACUUUUACAGUGCAAUACAUGUUAUUUUUCAGAGACAAACCAAAGUUUAAUUUCUCAAGGUUCAUGCUGUUUGCUUUAGCAGCAUUUGAUGGUGGAUCUUUUAUAUACAUUUGUAAUAGAUGGAAAAAUAAACCAGAUUGCAAAUGCUUUUUCUUUCUUUUUUAAAGCAAACCAUGUACCAAGUUUUUUGGUCCAAAUUGUGUAGGAUAAGUUAAAUUGCGUUCUAAUAACCAAUAUGAGUGUAUUUCUGUAAGUAUAGUUAUGUUGAAAUAAAGUUUUAAAAAGCAUUUUA